AUGGCGGCUGCCUCCGCCUCUUCCUCCUCCUCCUCCAGUCCCCCUCCCCUUCUGAGGGGUGGCGCGAGGUCCGGAGGCCUGCGCUAUCCCAGGGUGCAGUUCGCGGCGUGGCCUCCGCCGUCCUGCCGGGUGGGAAGAGAGAGAGAGAGAGACGCUCUGUGCUUCUCCCUCGCCAGCGAGACGCCGCCGCCGCCAAACGGACAUGUUCGCGCCCAGGCCUUGAAGCUUGGAGUAGUGCUUCCUUCCUUUCUUCCUUCCUCCGCCGCCGUUGUGGACCCCUCCGCGUCGCCGACCGACAACAUGGAGGCUGUGAACGCCUUCAACCAGGAGCUUUUCUCACUGAUGGAGAUGAAGCCUCCUAUUUCCCGUGCAAAGAUGAUUCUCAUCACUAAAGCUGCCAUUAAAGCUAUUAAGCUUUAUAAGCAUGUUGUCCAGAUUGUAGAGAAGUUUAUAAAAAAAUGUAAACCAGAAUAUAAAGUCCCUGGAUUAUAUGUAAUUGAUUCAAUUGUUCGUCAGUCUCGUCAUCAGUUUGGAACAGACAAGGAUGUUUUUGGGCCAAGAUUUUGUAAAAAUAUAAUUGCCACAUUCCAGUAUUUAUAUCUUUGUCCAUCGGAAGAUAAGAGUAAGAUUGUUCGUGUCCUCAACCUAUGGCAGAAAAAUGGAGUAUUUAAAAUAGAAAUUAUUCAGCCUCUUCUGGACAUGGCAGCAGGAGCGAGCAGUACAGCUUCAAUGACUGAAGAUGCCACUAAUAAUGAAGGUUCACCUCCUCCUCCUACAGCAAUUCCAUCAGAGCUUCCCCAGGUUUCUUCUAAUUCAGUACCUGCUGUGCCACAGUUGCCCAGUUCUGAUGCUUUUGCAGCUGUAGCUCAGUUAUUUCAAACUACACAAGGGCAACAACUGCAACAGAUUCUUCAGACUUUUCAGCAGCCCCCUAAACCUCAGUCUCCAGUGAUAGAUAAUAAUGUGAUGGCCCAGGUCCACGCUAUUACUGCUCAGCUGCAAACUACCACCACACAACCGUCAGAACAAAAGCAUGAUUUCUCAGCCCCAGAACAAAAGACAUCCUUUGAUAAGCUGUUGGAUCGAUUUGACUAUGAUGAUGAGCCAGAAGCAGUGGAAGACUCAAAGAAAGAAGAAUCGUUGUCUUCUUCAGUAUCUCAACCAACCUUUGGAUUCCCGAGUGAAGGCAUACAACAACCAAUUUACCCUCAGAUCCCAAAUAUUGAUCAGUUCCAGCAGCGAAUGAUGGGAAUGCAGCAGGAUGCUAUGCUCCACCAGGUCCCACUUCCUCCAAAUGGACAGAUACCAACUUAUGGACUUCUGCCCGCACCACAGUUUCCUCCCAUAUCUCAGCCUGUUAUACCAUCAUCAUCACAGGUGCAGCAAUCUUUCCAGUCGCCUUUUCCAGUGCAAAGUGAGUCCCACAUGCAGAAAACACAUCAACAGGAAGUGGAAAUGGAUCAUCCACCUGUUCAAGAAGUAAAGAGACAUGACCAUAGAAAAUCAAGAUCUAGAUCUGCAUCUAGGUCACCCAAAAGGAGAAGGUCACGUUCUAGUUCUCGAAAUCGAAGAUCCCGCCAUCGUCGCUCUCGUUCUCGCUCUCGGGAUAGGCGUCGCCAUUCUCCUAGGACACGGUCCCAGGAAAGGCGGGAGAGGGAGAAGGAGAGAGAGCGGAGAGGGAAAGGUCUUCCCCCAAUUAAACCAGAAACUGUUAGUGUUUGCAGUACAACCCUGUGGUUAGGUCAGCUGGACAAACGAGCCACACAGCAGGAUGUUGGAGGUCUUCUUGAAGAGUUUGGUCCAAUUGAAUCCAUAAAUAUGAUACCUCCAAGAGGAUGUGCCUAUAUUGUAAUGGUGCAGAGACAGGAUGCAAACCGUGCCCUGCAAAAACUAAGCCGUGGUAACUUUAAAGUGAAUCAGAAAUCAAUAAAGAUUGCCUGGGCUUUGAAUAAAGGAAUUAAACCAGAUUAUAAACAAUACUGGGAUGUAGAAUUAGGUGUUACUUAUGUACCAUGGGGUAAAGUUAAACCUGAAGAUUUACCAAGUUUUUGUGAAGGAGGAAUGCUGGACAACGAAACACUUAGUCCUGAAUGGAAAGGAAUUCCAAAAAAAUCAGAAAACCAAGUAGCCCAAAAUGGUGGUGCAGGAGGUGGAGACACGACACAUAAUGAACAAACAUUGCCUGUAUCUAAAACUUUAUCUGUUCAAAUGCCUGUUCCAAUACCUACACCAAUGGCAUUACCUCCACCACAGGUUCCACCACAUCAGCCUGGCCCUCCAAUGGUUGGUACACUUCAGCCGCAUACAUUUACCCCUCCACUAGGAAUGCCACCUCCUGGAUUUGGUCCUGGAGUUCCUCCUCCACCACCUCCACCAUUUUUGAGACCUGGCUUCAAUCCAAUGCAUUUACCACCAGGGUUUCUUCCUCCUGGGCCACCACCUCCUAUGAAUCCUGUUUCAGUUCCUCCUGUCUCUGUCCCUCCUUCUGCAGGAGUAAACAUCCCGAAUUUUACCGGAUCUAGAGGAGGUGCUGAAGAUGAGGAUGCUUCCGAAGGAUAUGCAACUGCUCAACCGCCUACAACCUCGACUAGUGUACCAGCUUCUGUCACACAAACAGCUCCACUCCUUGGUACUCCAGGAGCCACACCUAAUCCUGUGAUUGGACUUCAGACGGCUUCCACGGGCCUUUUAGGUGCACGGCCUGGUUUGAUCCCACUCCAGCGACCCCCAGGAAUGCCACCCCCUCACCUGCAGCGGUUUCCAAUGAUGCCACCACGUCAUAUGCCUCCCCACAUGAUGCACAGAGGCCCACCUCCAGGUCCAGGAGGCUUUGGGAUGCCCCCACCUCAUGGGAUGAAAGGCCCUUUCCCACCACCUGGCCAUUUUGCAAGGCCUGGUGGACCUGAUGAUAAUAAUAGAGAUGGAAGGCAGUUCAGGAAUGAUAGGCAGCCAUUUACUCCAAAUAGAGACCAGGAAAGAUUUGGAAGGCGGCCUUUUGGGAAUCGGAUAGAAAAUGAGCGCGAACGUUUCGGUAACCGCAAUGAUGACAGAGAACAUGAGCGCCUCGGUAACCGUGAAAGGAGAGAUUGGGGAAGAAGAAGCCCUGAACGUGAGAGACACAGAGACGUGGAGGAAAGAAAUAGACGUUUCAGCGGACAGAGAGAUUCUAGGGAUAGGGAAUCUCGCAGAGACAAGGACGAAAAUCGAGGGAAAGAGAAACCUGAGUUGACAGACAGCGUAGAUGGUGUCAAAAACCAUGAAUCCCAGAGUAGUAAAGUGGAAAAUGCAGACACUGCUUCAGAACUGAAUAAAGCAGGGUCUGAACCCACAGGGGCAAAACCUGCAGAAGAGUUAACAUCUGAGUCUACCUCAUCUCUUGAAAAACCUGAAAAGUCUACUGGCUCAGUUGUAGAGGGUUCUCGUUAGAGACUGGAUUUUUUUUCCCAAGCAAAGUGACAUUGCAGUGUAGAUCUUUAGAGUUGUACAGUAUGCUGUAUAUUUGCUUUUGCUAUAUCUCAACUCCUCCAUAGUUUAUGGGGAUAUGUAAGCAAUUUGAUUGCUUCCCUUCAAUUUAAAGUGGUUACAAAAUAACAAAAAGAAAUGAAUAAACCAUUGGCCAUUUUUUGCUGUAACUUUUUUAAAGUUUUGACUUUAAAAAGUUUACAAUUCAGAAUUAGAAGUGCUUUCUAUUUUUUUUUUAAUUUAAGUGAAGGUAACGGUAAAAGCUCCUAAAACAAAUAGGGAUGUUUUUAAUAAACUCUAUUUUCAUAACAAACUUUAAUGUGUGCUAUUCUUCCUGCACUGAAAUGGUAAAGGAUUGUUCAUCUUAAAAUUUGAACUGUUAAUACAGUGAAGUCUAAAUUAGACUUUGUUUAAACAUGUUUGUGUAACGGUUCACAGAAACAAUGUGGUAGUUAUGUUAAUUUUAAAAUUUAUGAUUUUUAAUUUACAUGAAUAGAUGGAGAAAAUAGCUUUUAAAGUGUUAAGAGAAAAUCUAGUGUUUGCAGUGAAAAGUUGAUUUCCUGCUUGUUUUUAUUGGCCAUCCAAAAUAGAUGCUAUAGUAAAUUGUUGCCCUGAAACAAUUUCCCUAAUAAUUCUUGGAAAAUGUUCUUGGAAAGCACAUCAGCAUACUUUUGUGAUAAUAAACCACUGAUUAUGGAAGAUGCUAAUAAAAUGCAAAAUUGACACAUAUUCUAAUAUAUUUUAGAGAACUGUUCGAAAGAAAAUAUUUUAAAUUUUCAAAUGUUGUCUUAUGCUUUGCAAUAAUCACAUUAUUUUUAUAUAA